UCUGACGUGACUUCACUGAAAAGCUUUGACUCUCUUACAGGCUGCGGGGAUAUUAUUGCAGACCAGGAGGACGAGGCAGGGCCCAGCUGUGACAAGCAUGCCCCCGGGCCGGGCCAGCCAGCUCCCCCCAAAAAGAACCCCGGCGUGGUGUCCUACCAAGGAGGCGGGGAGGAGAUGGCCAGCCCGGACGGGGUGGACGACACCUGCCUCCAGGAGUUCUGGGAUAUGCUCUCCCAGACGGAGGGCCAGGGCCAGGGCCAGGGCCAGGGGCCCCCGGAGGGCGCGGCCAAGGCGGCCGCCCUGCCGGAUGCCCAGGGGGUGCCCGAGGCCCCCCAGGACUCCGCCAAGGACGCGUCCUCGGUCAAGCGCAGGAGGCUCCACCGGAUUCCCAUCGAGCCCCACCCGAAGGAGGAGCCCAAGCACCCCGAGAAGGAGCCGCAGGAGGGCGUCCCCAACAGCGACGAGGGCUGCCUGUCCCGGCUGAAGCCCGUGUCUCCGGGCACCAUCACCUGCCCGCUGCGCACGCCGGGCAGUUUGCUGAAGGACUCCAAGAUCCCCAUCAGCAUCAAGCAUCUGGCAAACCUUCCGUCCAGCCACCCGGUUGCGCACCAGCAGCCCGCCAGGAGCGAGAUGCCCAGAACAAAAAUCCCGGUGUCCAAAGUGCUGGUCCGCAGGGUCAGCGGCCGGGGCCUGGCUGGGACCACCAUCAGGGCAGCCGCGUGCCACGACAGUGCCAAAAAAUUGUGAGGUCUCCCCGGCCAGGGUGGACGGGCCUCAGGUCAAGGAAUACAACGUUUCUCCCCGGAAACCACUGACGUUCGUGUUGCUUCCCCUCAAGAAAGUCUUGUAGGACCGCCCUUGCUCGGAGGCUGGGCCGGAAGUUUCUGUGCCCCGGGCAGGGUGUUCCAAGAGAAGGAUAUCGUCACUUGGGGUCCUUCUCUCAAGAUCAGUCCCUGAGAAUCAUCUCCAAGCACUUUUUUUUUUCUUUUUUUACCUUUUUACAAAUCUUUUUUCUUUUUUUUCUUUAACGCACUGAACACUUGGAAGUCACCUUUACUUGCCUUUGCAGAAAAUAGGACUUAACCAAACCUAAGAGUCACGCCAGGAUUUUGGGCUGAACCCAACGGCCUGCAGGAACCACUGAAGAACCAGAGAUGCUCUUCUCUUCCAGGAUACCCUUCCUUCCUUUCCUUUUUCUUUCCAGGAAAACAAAAAACCCUUUGCUAUAUCACUGUGUGGAAAACACCCGCAAAGCUGAAAGAGCCAGGUAUUCACCUGCUGAGCACGGGGAUCCUUGAUGGGCAGGAAGCCCCACUACGUUUAGUUGCUAGGUGUAUGAGUUAGGUAAAUACCCACCCCUCGGAAAAUAAGAGAGAGUGUUGGUUUGGUCGGUUGAGACCAUGUGUUUGGGGAGAGAUACAAAGCUCAGGGGAGCAGGGAGCUUUUACUUCCCCCACCCCCACCCAACCCAGUGCAGAAAUCGGGGUCAGGGAAAGAUUUGCCUAAAUGCCAACAGUUACAGCAUUUUAGUAUUUGUAAACUGAAACCGUCUCGCGUGAAGAUAAUGCCUAUUUUACACUUGAUCCAGCUGUUAACAGUUUAUUAUCUGUCAAUAGCCUGGAAUGUACAAUCUGGUCUUAUAGCUAGACAUGACGACUGCCCCUAAAAUAUUGAUGUUCUUUUAUGUGCUGUGAUGGGAAGCAAUUCUGGUUUUGUUUUAUAUAUGGGUUCUCUGGUUCUCAAAAAAAAAAAAAAAA